GCCGAAAGCCACGCCACUCUCUGGUCCUCUGGCUCGACGCGACUCGGACCAGCUCUGCACACUCAGUAGACAAUCUUUCCUCAUUUCGUUAACACACUCACAGCACAAAAAUAUCAAACCAAAUACUGAAGAAACAGCAACAGUAGCUUCAACAAAUCCCCCAUAAAUAUAGUUAAAAUAUAUAGAAUAUAGAUAAUUCACCGUGCAAAAAUAUAUAAUCUAACGAGCUUGGAUGUUUCUGUGUGUUCUAAUCAAAUAAAUGUUAAUGUGUUAAAUAAAUUAAACUAAAUUCAAUUAUAUUAAAUUAAAUCCCGAAGUGCGUGUCAAGUGCAAAUAGCAAUAUCCUCCUCGUCUCCUUCGUCGUCAUCUUGUUGUUCUUGUGGCUGUCGUCGCAGUAACUUUAACCGAAAGAAAAACCCGAAUUUGUGCGGCCAUGAAAUCCGCUGACUUUGAUAACAAACUAUAAACUGCAUGGGGAAAAUUCGCGCACACGAGGAUACGCGAUUGUGAAUCUGUGAAAGUGCAAUCAAAUAAAUUCCGCAAAAGAAAAGUGGAAAAGUACCAGCGGAAAGGUCAACCGUGGAAAAUGUGCAUACAAAACUGCGACAACAUCAAAAUCUGCGACAGUAACGGCACCCACCACCGCCACCACCACCACCGCGACGCCCAAGACAAAGUCGCAGUCGUUGAGGUCGAGGGUGGAGAGAAUAACGUCAUCCAUACAUCCGACCUACACUACGAGAACUUUAAAUCCAAACUGCAACUGCAGUCCGAGCUGAACAGAAAGAGGCAAAAGUCAAGUAAAGUCAAGGCACCCAAACUGUCAAGCUUCAAGAUUCUUAUGUGCUGUUGCUACUUCAUCGUUAUAGUCAUGAUGAUCUAAGAACAAUUCUACAUCAACUCUACCAAGAACUGCAAGCAGAAAACCAACAAAAUACUACACGAAACAAUUACAAUAUAAUGCUACAUUUGAAUCUCGCCCUAACAUAAAAAGCAGCUGCGAAUCGAUUGGUGUCAGUAGAAUAAUCCCGAUGGAUACAUAGAAACGUAUAUGCAAUAGAAGGAGCUAUAUUUUCGAAUUUGAGCCAAUAAAAAUAGAUAAAUAAAGGCUCUAGAGGUGGUGUGCGUGUGUGCAAAGUGAAUUGUUUUCUCAUAUCCAUUGAAAAAUCAGUUUUCAAUUUGCGUGUGUCAGAGCCAGGCAAGUGAAAAGCUUUCAGCAAAA